UCCAAAAACCCCUCGGGGGCCCAAACCUGUCUGUCUUCACGCUCCCGAGUUUCAAUCCCGCCGCCGCAGGCAGCAACCACCGGAAGUCGCCGGCGGCGGCCGAUGGCCUCCACCACCUCCACUCCCACCUCCGGGGGAGGCGGGGCAAGGCCCUGGCGCACCGCGCUUCUCACCCUCCGCGACGAGUCAGUCGCCUCGCCCUCCCCUCCGGCCCUCCUCGCCCUCCUCCGCCGCCUCCUCCUGUCCCCCGCCUCGCCCUCCCUCGUCGCCUCUGCCGCCGUGCUCUCCCCUCACGAGGUGGGCUCUGAUGUGGUGUUCCUCGCGGAAAAAGCCGCGACGGUGCCCCCCUGCGCUGGCGCCGACGACGUGCUUCGUGGCGUAUGCCACCUGAUACAUGAUGUUAUGUGCAAGACAAAUACAGAAAUCGACUCUUCUGGUUGGCUUGCACUGUUAAAGUUUCUUCAUGAGCUUGUCAAGUGCUCAGUUGAGGGUGCAUGCGUUAAGGGCCUUUCUGAUAGGACUGCUGCACUGAAUACACUAUCCGAGUGUAUGCAAAUUCUCAGGUUUUCGAGUAAGGAUUUGGGAAGAAGUAGUUCAUUAACUGAGAAUUCUCAUGUACUCAGAGUUCUUAUCUUGAUUAUAUCAUGCUUGCAAGCUGAACUUAACAUGACAGAUAAAUCCAAUGGCCCUGGCACAUCUUCAUACAUUCCUGGAUCAACCAGUAAUAAAAAUUCUAAUACCUGGGAUAUGAAAAUCUCUGCAUUUUCCAUGGUGGAAGAUAUAUUAUGUAAGAUUGCAUCAACCAUAUCAGAAGAUUUAUGGCUCUCUGUUGUUGAGCUCUUGAGGAAAGUGAUGGAUUUUGUGACAGCUAGGAAUCUUAUUAUAGAAAGUAGCAUUAUGUCAAGAUUUUAUACUUCAUUUCUUCGUUGUUUGCAUUUGGUUCUUUCAGAACCAAAAGGUUCACUUUCAGGGCAUGUAGCAGGUUUCGUGGCAAAUUUGCAAAUGUUUCUUGUGUAUGGGCUAAGGUCAGCUUUGCCAUCUGCAAUACCUCCAAAGGAAAAUAAAACAGAGUUUAAAUCGAGGACUUCUGAGCGUGGACGGUAUAAACCACCUCAUUUACGAAAAAAGGAUGGAAGAGGGAAUGAUUCAGUGGAUGAUCGAAGUUCAGAUAGUGAAUCUUCUCGAUAUGAUUUAGGCUCAUCAGAUUCAGAUCUUAGUGAUACUGAUGGACAUGCAAAAAACGGAGACCGUUUCCGGAGUUCGAAAGCUAGAUUAACUGCCAUCCUUUGUAUACAGGAUAUCUGUCGUGCUGACCCAAAGUCACUCACUUCACUGUGGCCAUUACUUUUACCUGAGAACGAUGUUCUUCAACAAAGAAAAUAUCGAGCAACUCUGAUGACAUGUUUGAUCUUUGACCCUGUCACAAAGGUACGUGUUGAGGCAGCAUCAACCAUUGCUGCUAUGCUGGAAGGACAGGCCUUAGUCUUGACACAAGUUGCCGAGUACAAGGAAUCAUCGAAGCCUGGAUCUUUCACUACGUUGUCCUGCUCACUUGGUCAAAUUCUGAUGCAGCUGCAUACAGGUGUAAUGUACUUGAUACAGCGUGAAACUCAAGCUACAUUGCUUGCAGCAUUGUUCAGAGUUCUCAUUUUUCUGAUAUCUGCUACACCGUAUGCUCGCAUGCCGAAGGAGUUGUUACCAACUGUCAUUACAGCCAUGUGCAGUAGACUGUUGGACAGACAGUCAAAUAAAAAUGAGCAUUACACCUUGAUGGUUAAUGUUCUAAGCUGCUUGGAAGCAGCAUUUGCAAAGGUACCACCUUCUUCAGAUGUCUUUGGAGUUCUCAUUGAUGGUUGUGCAGGACCAUCACAUACUCAGCAGAAGUCAAGUGUGGUAGCUGUUCUUCUUCAUUGUAUAGAAGGGGAAAUGCAUUUCAGCAUUAGAUGUGGAGCUCUCCAGGUGUUGAGAUCAGUGGUUCAUAAUUAUCCAAGCUGUGCAAACAUCAUUUGGGAAGAAGUUCGAGACAUUGUUCUUGAUUUAUUGCAAACUGAAAGCUUUGAAGACCAAAAAUGUGAUGCUAACUUUGGGCCUCCUAAAGAAGAAUUGUCAAUUAAGGGAAGAUGUCUUGUAGCUGGUAUGAAGGUAAUCGAUGAGUGUUUGCGUGUUUCAUCGGGAUUCAAGGGAGCAGAUGACCUCAAAGAAUGUAGAUUGCUCGAUAUUCAGCAGAUUUCUGACUGUACUGUAAAUAAAAAUAUUAAAUCUGCACCCCACUUUGAAAUUGAAGCGCCUGGACCAUCACAAAACUGCAAUUUGGACAUAACACUUGGAACCAGCCGUUGGAUUGAGGUGAUAGAAACCCAUCUACCUCGAGGAUUAUCACAUGCCUCUGCUAUGGUCAGGACAGCAUCACUCACAUGUUUUGCUGGCAUGACUUCUGAUGUUUUCUUCUCCCUGCCAGUAAACAAGAAAGAUUAUGUGACUUCCUCAUCUGUUCAUGCAGCAUUGAGUGAUACAGUUGCUACUGUGAGAUCAGCUGCAUGUCGAGCCAUUGGUAUUAUUUCAUGUUUUUCUCAAAUACUAUUGAGUCCCAGUCUACCUGGCGAGUUCAUAGAAGCCAUUGAGUUUAACACACGAAAUUCAUCAACUCCAGUCCGUAUCACUGCUUCAUGGGCUUUGGCAAAUCUUUGUUCUUCUAUUCGUUUUAGAGCAUUGGAAUUGCAAGCAGAUCCGUCUGCAGGUGUACUAGAUAAAUCAACCAUAUCUUUGUUGGUUGAAAUUGCUUUGCGCCUGACGAAAGAUGGCGAAAAGGUAAAGUCAAAUGCUGUUAGAGCUCUUGGAUAUCUUUCAAGGUUUAUCAGAUUCAAUCAUCAUUCUGACGCAGUUGAUGAGCCAAGGUUGCUUAAUAUUCUAAAUUCAGAUUUUUGCGGAGAUCAUGUCUGGCUAGAAAGAAUGGUACAGGCUUUGAUGUCUUGUGUGACAACUGGAAAUGUAAAGGUUCAAUGGAAUGUUUGCCAUGCUCUUAGCAACUUAUUCAUGAAUGACACCUUGAGACUUUCAGACAUGCAGUGGGCAUCAAGUGUUUAUAGCAUACUUCUAUUACUGCUCCGCGACUCAAACAAUUAUAAGAUAAGGAUGCAUGCUGCUGUUGCUUUAGCAGUGCCAGUCACAAGACUUGAUUAUGGGAGCUCAUUUCCAGAUGUUAUUCAAGGUCUCGAGCAUGUUCUCGAAUCAUUUUAUUCAAACAAUUCAUCAUCUUCAAACUUCAAACACCGAGACAACCUUGAGAAACAGCUUACAUUUACUGCUCUUCAUUUACUUGGUUUUGUUUCACCGAAGGAUGACCAAAGCCUGAAAGAUUUUCUUAUCAAGAAGUCAUCCUUUCUAGAAGACUGGCUAAAGUCAUUAUGCUCUUUGUUCAAUAGUGCCGAGGACCAGCCUCUGGCAAGUGAGACCAUAAAUGAUGAGGAUGGUUUCAGCCCAAAUGUAUCGCAGAAAGUUAUGUUGUCCUCUGCUGUACAGUCCUUGCUCAUUGUCUAUACAAGUGGAAACCAGCAAACCAUUGCUCAGAGAUUUGAGCAAUUGGCUAGAAGCAUAGCGUGAGUGACAAAACAAAUCAAUGGUGGUCUCCACUCCCAUUAACAAGCAGCAAGAUAUUGGUCAUCUAACUUCAGGGAAGCAAACUCGCUGCUUCCAAUAAGGAGAGGCAACCCAACUUGUAUGUUAAUACAUUCCAUGAACUGGACAAAGCUGCCAAGUUGGCCGAUUUCAGAUCUUGGGCAGCAUGCAAGAUCUCCUGACAGCUAUAGCCAGACUCGGGUCGAUGCAGAACUGCCUCUGGUGUUGUAUUCUGUUGUAAAAGUAGUUCUUGAAUUUCUUCCAGGUGUGGCCAUGUUGUGUACAUCAUAUUUGUUGAUUGUUAGUGUGCAUAUAUGUAUCAGAUAUAUACUUGAGGGGCUUAUUCCACUGGAGUUCUCCAAGCCAAAAAUUAUGGAUUAUGUUCCAUAUAAUCAUGGAUAUGAAUUAUUAUUUAUUCAUGGAUAUGAAUUAUUUAUUCCGGAUGUUA